UGUAUUGUCUUCGUCCUCCUGGAGCCUGUUACGAAGAAGGUUUUUUUCUGGAUUUGGAAACCCUUAAUUGCAGCCAAUUUCGAGAACAGAGGAGGAGGAGCAGUAGGGGAAGAAGAAGCCCUGGAUCAAGAGCUAGGGUUUUCGACGUCGUGGUGCCAACCACGACGUCGACAAUGGAGGUCACCGCUGUGACAGAGAAAGGCAUAGCCCCUGUGGUGACAGCGAAAUCGUUCCUUCCCGAGCCUGUCGUAGCGGAGGUCGAAGAGGAGGAUCUGUAUACUCGGCAGAAGCUCCUGCAGCGGCAGCUGGAGUUUUUGGACAUUCAGGAGGAGUAUAUCAAGGAUGAGCAGAAGAAUUUGAAGCGUGAGCUGCUUAGGGCGCAGGAAGAGGUGAAGCGUAUUCAGUCCGUGCCGCUUGUGAUUGGGCAGUUUAUUGAGAUGGUGGAUCAGGACAACGGGAUUGUCGGGUCGACCACUGGCUCGAACUUUUAUGUGAGGAUUUUGAGUACGAUCAAUCGGGAGCUUUUGAAGCCGUCGUCGUCGGUUGCGCUUCAUAGGCACUCGAAUGCGUUGGUUGAUGUGUUGCCCCCUGAAGCUGAUUCCAGUAUCUCUCUAUUGACACAAUCCGAGAAGCCCGAUGUAUCGUAUAACGAUAUUGGUGGAUGCGAUAUUCAGAAACAAGAAAUCAGGGAAGCUGUGGAGCUUCCACUUACACAUCACGAGUUAUAUAAGCAGAUUGGUAUUGACCCACCUCGAGGCGUCUUGCUCUAUGGACCUCCUGGAACGGGAAAGACCAUGCUUGCCAAGGCUGUCGCUCACCAUACCACUGCAGCUUUCAUUCGUGUUGUUGGUUCUGAGUUUGUACAAAAGUAUCUUGGGGAGGGUCCCCGUAUGGUGCGUGAUGUAUUUCAACUGGCAAAGGAAAAUGCCCCAGCUAUUAUAUUUAUUGAUGAAAUUGAUGCAAUCGCAACAGCCCGUUUCGACGCUCAAACUGGAGCAGACAGGGAGGUACAGCGUAUAUUAAUGGAACUUUUGAAUCAGAUGGAUGGGUUUGAUCAGACUGUCAAUGUCAAGGUGAUCAUGGCUACCAAUCGAGCAGAUACUCUUGACCCCGCUUUAUUGCGACCCGGACGUCUUGAUCGCAAAAUUGAAUUUCCACUGCCUGACAGGAGGCAAAAGCGUUUAGUCUUCCAGGUAUGUACUGCAAAGAUGAAUCUAAGCGAGGAGGUUGAUUUAGAAGACUAUGUUUCUAGGCCUGAUAAAAUAAGUGCUGCUGAGAUUUCUGCUAUCUGUCAGGAGGCUGGUAUGCAUGCAGUAAGGAAGAAUCGCUACGUGAUUUUGCCCAAGGAUUUUGAGAAAGGCUACAGAUCUAACGUUAAAAAGUCUGACACAGACUUUGAGUUCUACAGAUAGAUGCCUAUUUUUUUGUCUGAUCUUUGAUGUUCACCUGGAUAUCAAGUUAAAGAUAAAUUUGUUUACUGAUCCUCUUAAUGGUCCCAACUAAGUCAUGGAGAGGGACUGCUUGCCCUUGUAAUUUCUACUAUAGAAUUUGUGAAGAUUUUCUUUCAAUAGAUAAACUUUGUACACUC